AUGGUAUACCAACGUAUGGUAUUGGUCCUCUUGUUGGCGCUGACCACUUUGCUUUUGACAGUAUGUGCUGGUCAAGACUUUCGCGGCCAGAUCCAACCCAAUGCCGAGCUAGGUCACUUGCUCAACCUAGGUCCCAACACUCGAGUCCUACUUCAGGCUAUUCCGCCCGAGACAUUCGUCGAUUCAUUUGAAGGGAACGGCGAGUCUUCCGUCGAUGCAGCGGCUGUCAACACCAGCGGGUUGCACAAGCUGGCAGCAUUCGGCCAGCAGCGCGACCGAUCCACACUGGUUGCCGUCGAUGGCAGUUUCAUCUUCCGCGACCUCGAGCCAGGUGCGUACACACUGGAGCUUGUCUCACGGACGCACACUUUCGAACAAUAUCGCAUCGACAUUCUCGAUCCGGCGCUAGGCAAAGCACCUCAGAUCCGCAUCUUCACGCCUGGUACGUCGCUUGUCUCGAUUCUAUCCUCCAAUCUGGUCUUCCAUCCGCUCAUCAUCCAUGCGGUUAAGCGAAUCGAGUACUACACCGAAGCCGCCCCCUUAACCAUUGGCUCGCUCAUCGGCAUGGGUGGACCGAUGAUGAUUCUCGGUCUGGUUGGCAUGGGCUUGGUCUUCCUCAUGCCCAAGCUCUCGGCCACCUUGGAUCCCGAAGCUCAAAAGGAGCUCGCCGACUCGCAGAAGCGCAUCCAAAAACGCAUCGCUGCCGUUCAGGCGGGCGAUGUGUCAAGCCUGCUCUACAAUGAAGAUCAUCUCAAGAAGGGCCAGGAACGAGAAAGGAUAGCAAAUCAAGCACGCGCCGAGCGCAAUGUCGGCCGUUCCGAUUAG